UAUUUAUUUAAAAUGUCAAAUAGACAAUGACAGAACAGCUCUUUGUCUGCUUCAUUCUUUUCUUCCCUGUGAAAGAAAUUCGAAUGUAAACAAACUGCCAUGGUAAAGUUUAAAACUGCAGCAUCAGCCUAUAAAACCUUAAAUGGUCUUAUAUGUGUAUAUAAGCCACCAUGUGUCCCUGUGAAACAAGUGCUUCAUAUAGUGAAAACCAAUCUAUGCAGAGAUUUAAAUGCCUUACCUGACAGACCAUUAGAACAGAGGGUAGAGAUCAUAGGAUCAACAAACGAACCCAUGAAGGUGAAAGUAGUACCUAACUAUGCAGAUGAUCCUCGUGUCUGCGGCCCGAGAUAUAUCAUUGAAGACUUCAAGUGCACUUGGGCAUCACAUCUUGGUUUAUUUACCAGUGGUGUACUAUUAAUAGGAGUCAAUGAAGGAACAAAACUGGCAUACAAAAUUAAGUCUGGACAACCAACUAGAGCUUACAAGGUCCAUGGCCAGCUUGGCAAAGCUACAGACACAUACUUUUGGAAUGGCAAGACAGUGGAGAGGGCCACUUUUAAACAUGUCACCAGAGAAAAGAUUGAUAAGGUAGUUGCCAACAUGCAGGCUGCCCAUCAGAAGACCAUGUUUGAGCAAUCAGGGCUCCAGAUGGAUUUACAGUCUACAUAUGAGUUAGCAUCUAAAGGUUUGAUCAGACCAGCAGACAACAAGCUACCAGUUCUCUAUGGUAUCAAGUGUGUCUACUUUGAUUCUCCUAAUUUCACAUUAGAAAUUCAGUCAGUCAAUGAGUAUGACAAAUAUCUGUGGACACUAGUCCAUGACCUGGGGGUUCAGCUGAAGACUGCAGCUUAUUGCACUGGGGUGCAGUGCAUUAGACAAGCUAAAUUUGAUGUGAACCUCGCUUUACUGAGAAAACACUGGACAUUAGAACAUAUAACUGACAAUAUGAACACAUGCCAAGAAAUACUGGAUGAAAAUGAACAGCUAAUUAAACCUGAAUCUGCAUUAUUAACAGCAUAGACAUUUAGUAAACCAGUUUGUAAAUAAUAAACUAAUCAAAUUCAAUCAUUUUAAUUUAGUAUUAUUAUUACACCUUUAUCUUGACUGACUUUCGACAAUAUUUGAGAUUUAUUUGAAAAUCUCAUUUAAGUCUGUUUGAACAAACACUAGUUUCAUAUAAUAUGUAAACUAUUACAUUUAUUGGAAAUGUGCUGAGUUCUAUAUUAUGGCUGGUAAUAAUUAUAUUUUGAUUGUAAGAAGGUCUUUUGCAUUUAUAUCCAUUCAAUGCCACUUUCAGUCACUUGGCUCAAAAUUAGUCACUAGUGUCACUAGUAUCCUCUAAUCAACUGCCACUGGAUGAUGGUGUGGAUGGGGAAGUGUUGGCUUGCUUCUCCAUUUGUUCUAUCCUCUUAUGCCUUAUCAUAUUAGAGAGAAUGCCAUCGAAUGAUGUUGUCUUCUUCUUAGCUGAACCUCUCAAAGUAUCUUCUCCUUUACUACGUACUCGUAAUCGUAGCGAACUCACUUCAUCCAUAAAAUCGAAAUCUGACUUCUCUUCUCUUAUCGGCGAUGCUGGAAUUUCUGGUUGGUUUUCUUUACUGACAGGUAGCGGCGAAGGCGGUCUCCGACCAGGGCAUUUCCACUCCAGCGGUAGAGUUCCAGUUUUAUCCAAAGCCUUAUAUAGCUCCUCCAGUUCAGCUGGCUCUGGCAUCCAGUUUUUGCCGAUAAAUACACCGGUUUUAGAUAUUUCAUCGUCUGAACAGGGCAGGUCCCAUUCAUCACCUUGUAAUUCCACGGUGCCCAUAACUAAAUUCAACCAACCUCUGUGUUAAAACUGUUAUUAGAAAUAGAAAAUUGCAGUUUGCUUAUAUAAAAAUACAAAAUUAUUGUAUACUUAGAUCACCAACGUCAA